UUGAAAACAUAGGUACUAAGAAAAAUUUUAUAUACUUUGCUAAUCUAUUUCCGUAAAGCAAGUCUCACUAUCUUAUAAAAUAUUUUAAGAAUAAGAAAAUUUUACCCUAUAAUAAUGAUGUUUCUUUGGUCUAUAUAUUUAUAUAAUUUUUGUUUUUUGAGGUUAAUUCUAGUCAAAUUUUAGUUUUAUUUCAUACUGAAUACAUUUAAAAAUAUUAAAAUGGCUCUUUUUAAAAACCUAAUUCGUUUCCCAAAUAUUUAUUUAUGGAAAACGACUAAAAGACUUAGUAGUAGUCGAAAUAUAUUGAAAUUAAGUGAAAGAGGAAUGUAUCAAGAUAUGUUCCCAAAUACUGCAGCAAAUGAAAUACGGGAUUUAUUAAAUAAGUCUCCACAAUGUGUGUAUGCAGGAUUUGAUCCUACAGCCGACAGCCUGCACGUUGGGAAUCUCCUUGUUAUAUUAAACCUUAUACAUUGGCAAAGAGGAGGACAUGAUGUUAUAGCUUUGCUUGGUGGUGCUACAGGCUAUGUCGGUGAUCCCAGUGGAAGAAAUACAGAUAGAGUAGCAUUAGGUCAAAGUGUUAUCUCUGAAAAUAUUAGUUGUAUUAAGAAAAAUCUUGAAACUGUGUUUGAGAAUCAUAAAAAAUACAUUUGGUCUGAAGAUGAAAAUUUGUUAAAACCUAUUAAGAUAGUUAAUAAUGAAACUUGGUAUAGAGAAAUAGAUUCAAUAAGGUUUGUCAGUGAAAUUGGACGAAACUUCAGAAUGGGCACAAUGUUGCUGAAACAGACCGUGCAGAAAAGAAUGAAUUCUGAAGUAGGAAUGAGUUUUACUGAAUUUUCUUACCAAAUAUUUCAGUCUUAUGAUUGGCUACAUUUGUUGAAGGAGUAUGAUUGUAGGUUUCAGAUUGGUGGGAGUGAUCAAAUGGGCAACAUAAGUGCUGGUCAUGAAUUGAUCAGCAGAACAGCUAAGAAAAAUGUUUAUGGUUUGACUUUGCCUCUCGUGACAACAGAAGAAGGUGAUAAAUUUGGAAAAUCUGCAGGGAAUGCUUUAUGGCUGGAUUCUAAAAAGACAAGCCCAUUUAGUUUAUAUCAAUAUUUCAUUAGAACAAAGGAUUCAGAUGUGGAGAGGUUGUUGAAACUGUUCACAUUCUACAAAUUAGGAGAGAUUAGUGAUAUAAUGUUUAAGCAUCGACAACACCCAGAGCAGAGAUAUCCACAGCAAUGUCUUGCCGAGCAGUUAACAACCUUAGUUCAUGGAGAAGAGGGCCUGUUGAAAGCAAGACAAGCGACUGAAGCUAUAUACAGUAAAGAUGUAAAAUCUUUGGUAGCACUAACUUCAAAUGAGUUGGAACAAGUUUUUGAAGGUGCCCCUGUUACACAAUUACUCUUAUCUCCCGGCAUAACAGUAUUAGAACUUGGGUUAAAAGCUAAAUGCUUUCCAACUGAAAGCGAUGCUAUAAGAAUAAUUCAAGCAGGUGGUUUCUAUAUAAAUCAUCAAAAAAUUAGGAAAAUAGAUGAAGUAAUUACUGAAUCUGCUCAUAUACUACCAAAUCUUAUCACAUUAAUAAGAGUCGGUAAACGAAAUUACUAUAUAGUUAAAUGGCAAACAUAGAAUUUAUAUGUUGGUUAAAAUAUUAUUUAAGAAUAGCCUUUUAAAUAAAACUAUAAAAUAUU